CCUCAAACGAUUGAGCAAUUGCUUUGAUCAUUGUGAUCAGCAGGUUAGAGCAAAAACGUUUUCUGAAAUUAUUUACACCGAUCAAUUUAAUACUUUUUGUAUAGAAAUUACUUUAUUACGGAAAAAAUAAUACUCCAAAAGUUCUCAUAACUGUGAAUCUCUUUAAUAAUUAAUGCAUAAAAGUAAUAUCAAUAGAUCUUGUUCAUAAUCAUGAAGUCAUUGCGAAUAAGUUUGUGCCUGGUCGUAGCAAUUUGCGCUUUAGGCUCCAAAUUAGUUUUAGCAGAAGAUAGUGGAAUUGCAUUAACUAAAUUUGGAUCAAAAACUGGACCUACGAUCAAAUUUUUUUAUUGUUACUCCUGCGGUUAUAAACGAGUAUUCGAUGAAUAUGUAAACAUUCUCAAACAAAAGUAUCCUGAGCUUAAAAUUCAUGGUCAAAACUACGAACCUUCAGGAUAUAAUAUGUUUAUAGCAAAAUUUUUGGGAUUCGCAAAAAUUAUAGUCAUCUUUUUGAUAAUAAGUGGUGUGAAUAUAACUCAAUGGCUCGGUCAACCUCAACCGUUUUGGUGGGAAUGGUGUCUUAAUAAUAAAUUCUAUGCUUGUAUUAUGAUAUUUUUCGUUUGUAAUGCGGUGGAAGGACAAUUAAUAUCAUCAGGAGCAUUUGAAAUUCAUUUCAAUGAUGUUCCAGUUUGGUCAAAGUUAGAAACUGGACGUGUUCCACAACCACCAGAACUAUUCCAAAUAAUUGACAACCAUAUCCAAAUGUUGUUCCCAGAAAGAGAUUCUAUGUCUUUUAACAAAUAGCUAAAUAAUAUUGAUGACAAAGAAUGAUUAAUAUAAAGCGAAUGUGAUUACAUAAUUUACAUAAAUAUUUAAAGUAAGAACGACUAUAUAGGUAAAGUUUUCAACAAUUUUCCAUGGAAAUUGACAUUCUUAUGUCAAGAAUAAUUUACAUUAAUUAUUGGAUUAAAGGGAUUCGUUAAAAUCCUGUCUUGUGAGAUUGAUUAAUCAUUUAAUAUAAAAUUAAUCAUUGACGAUAAAACGGGUUCAUAUAAGAAUUAAAUUAUUAUCAUAGGUUGUAUCUACAUGUAUAUAAUAGUUAACAUUGGCAUCUGAAAGUGAAUGGAAUGAAUUAAUAAAAGUAAUUUACAGGACAGCUAGAUAAACUA